AUGUCGGUCGUCUCUCUCCUGGGCGUCAACGUCCUCAACAACCCCGCCAAGUUCACCGACAAGUACGACCUCGAGAUCACCUUCGAGUGUCUCGAGCCCCUGGAGAAGGAUCUCGAGUGGAAGCUCACCUAUGUCGGAUCCGCUACUUCAGACCAGUAUGACCAGGAGCUCGACUCCCUCCUCGUCGGCCCCAUUCCCGUCGGCGUCAACAAGUUCAUCUUCGAGGCCGACGCACCCGACACGAAGCGCAUCCCCGAUGCUGAUGUCCUGGGCGUUACUGUCGUCCUCCUGACCUGCGCCUACGAUGGCCGUGAGUUCGUCCGUGUCGGCUACUAUGUCAACAACGAGUACGAGUCGGAGGAGCUGGCCGCCGACCCCCCGGCCAAGCCCAUCAUCGAGAAGAUCCGCCGCAAUGUCCUCGCCGACAAGCCCAGAGUCACGCGCUUUGCCAUCAAGUGGGAUUCCGAGGCCACUGCACCUGCCGAGUUCCCGCCGGAGCAGCCCGAGGCCGAUGCUCAGCCGGACGACGAAGAAUAUGGCGCCGACGAGCUGGCCGAGGAGGACGGCGAGGAUGCUGCCGUCGACACCGAGGCCAAUGGCGAGGCCUCGGCUGCGGCAGCCGUGGGCGGAGAUGCCGAGAUGGGCGGCAUCGACGAGGCCGCCGAGCCUGCUGAGGAGGAUGAGAUGUCCGAGGACGGCAGUGUCGACCUGGAGAACGAGAGCGAAGACGAGCUGGAGGAGGAGGAGGGCGAGGGCGAGGCUGUCGAGGAGGGCGACGACGCUAUGGAGGUCGACGACAAGCCCGCCACCGACGGCAAGGCGGCUCAGCAGGUGAUGGCCCACUAG